UUAAAAAAUAUCACGCAAAUCUAAAAUAAAUUCAGGAAAGACAAACAAAACAAAGAAGAAAAACCAUUUAUAAGAAUGGAGCAUGAAUAUGUAGUGCUCCGUAUUUUCUUUUUCCUCCAAUCGACAUCAUAGCAUGAAAAACCAUUUUGCGCCAAAUGACUUUCCACAUACUCUUCUGUCCUUGUUCUUCCAACUUUUUUCCUUUUAACGCAAGCUGUACCAGUCAGUUUACACGCACAUCAAUACAAUUUCUCCAACAGUUCUUGCCACGCUUCCAUGUAAUCUAAAAUAGCUCUGACAAGAAGAAUCGAAAUUAAAACUUUAGGAGGAAGUAAAGUAAACCUCUUUGGGGUUGAUCUUCGUCUUCCAACUUGUUUAUAAACAAAUUACAAGUACUACAAUCCUCACACCUAACACACUCUCUCUCUCUCAAGAAAGACACAAUCACCAUGUCCAACACCUCCAAAUCAGUUCACAUCCUAAUCUUCCCAUACCCAGCUCAAGGCCACAUGCUUCCACUCCUAGACAUAACCCACCAACUAGCCCUCCAUGGCCUCACCCUAACAAUUCUAGUCACACCCAAAAACCUCCCCACCCUAAACCCACUUCUCUCAGCACACCGAUCAAUCAAAACCCUAGUCCUCCCCUUACCCCACCACCCAUCUCUACCUGCCGGCGUCGAAAACGUCCAGGACAUCGGAAACUCCAGCAACGUUCCGAUCAUAAACGCACUGGGAAAGCUCCAUGACCCAAUUACCCAGUGGUUUAAGUCCCACCCUAAUCCCCCCGUGGCCCUCAUCUCUGAUUUCUUCCUUGGGUGGACCCUACACCUAGCCAGCCAACUUGGUAUCCCUGGGAUUGCUUUUUACUCAUCUGGGGCAUUUUUUACCUCUGUGCUUAACUUUCUAUUGAAGAAUGUCAAAACUGUCAGUUCUUUACCCGUGGUAAAUUUCCCCGAUUUACCACAGUCGCCAUGUUUUGCCGCGGAGCAUCUACCUUCUGGGUUCCAGGUGUACAGAGAAUCCAAACCCGAUACCGAUUUCCUUAGGGUUAGGGAUGGGUUUCUUGCAAAUACUAGGAGUUGGGGGAGUAUUUUCAAUUCAUUUGAUGGAUUGGAGGGAGAGUAUCUAGAUCACUUGAGGAAGGAAAUGGGUCACGGGCGGGUUUGGGGAGUCGGUCCGCUUAGCUUGGUGGGUGGGGAUGAAGCGAUGGGUCGUGUCAACCCGGAUCAGAAUUCAUGUGGUGGUGUAUUGUCAUGGCUUGAUGGGUGUCCUGAUGGAUCUGUGGUGUAUGUGUGCUUUGGGAGUCAGAAGUUGUUGAAAAGGGACCAAAUGGAGGCCUUGGCUUCCGGGCUUGAACGCAGUGGAAUCCGGUUCGUUUGGGUUGUCAAGUCAGUAUCCGCCCAACAAAUGGCUGAUGGAUACGGUGUCAUUCCGGACGGGUUUGAGGAUCGGGUAUCCGAGAGGGGUAUGGUGGUAAAGGGGUGGGCCCCGCAAGUUUCAAUACUAAGUCAUCAAGCCGUGGGCGGGUUUCUGAGUCAUUGUGGGUGGAACUCGUUGUUGGAAGGGGUAGUGGCGGGGGUUUUGAUAUUGGCUUGGCCCAUGGAGGCGGACCAAUUUGUGGAUGCUAGACUUUUGGUGGAGGACAUGGGAGCGGCAGUUCGCGUUUGUGAGGGUGCGGAUUCAGUUCCAGACUCGGUUGAGUUGGCUCGGACAAUUGCUGAGUCAAUGAGUGAGAAUACUGCCCAAAAGGUUAAAGCAAAGGAGUUGAACGAUAAGGCAAUAGAAGCAGUUAAGGUAGGAGGGAGUUCUUGGAAGGAAUUAGAGGCUCUAGUGAGAGAAUUGGCCCAACUUGGAAGAUGACACUUGCAAAUUGAGAGCCUAACAUACAGGACUAGGAUCCGUAUCCAACUAUUUAAUAGCAGUGGCUGAUAUUUCUAGUCUAGAACUAAGUGGUCCAAUGGCACACAAUUGCCUGUGUUAGUACCUGUGAUCCAACUGCUUCCAAUUGCCUUUAUUAGGAUGCCAAUUAUUGAGCCAAUAGUUGGACUCGACUCCACGUUAUGGACAUUAUAAUGUUGUGAUAGUAAUGCUUGAGCAAUACUACUAGCUAAUGUUCGAAUUUCUUAGAGAGAAACUUCUAUUUGAUGUAAUUCUAUUGAUACACUAAA